UUUUUGGUAAAAAUUGGAUACCGCUUAUAAGGGAGGGGAAGGGGAGAGGGGACGGCGACACUGGAUUCGGAGCUGGGACGGAAGCUCUUCGGGUACUUCUCGCUGGAAGGGUUUUGUCGCCGCCUUUCCCAAAAAAAGGUAUUCUGAAAUUAGUUAAAGAAGUGAUUUAUUUACUCAAACCAAUCAAGCACUUCGAAAAUGGAGGAAAGUUGUGGCUCUGCUGGAGCAAUAGAGGAAAAGGAGCUAAAGGAGGAAUUUCAUAUCAAAAUGAAAAACAAAGAAAAGGAACCAGGGAUAGAAAAGGAAGAGAAGAAGGAGAUUGAAAUUGAAAUGAAAUCAAAGUCAGUAGAGAAAGAGAAGGUCAAGCAUGAAGAAGACAAGGAUGCAGAUUGCAAGAAUGAAGUCAAGAAGGUGAAAAAGCAUAAAGAGAAAAAAGACAAACAUAAGGAAGAUGAAGAUGGAAAAAUGAGUGAAAAGAAAGCCAAGAAGAAAGAUAAGGAGGCAAAGGAUAAAGAAAAGGAAAAGAAGAAAAAUGAGAAAGAUAAAGAUUUGAAGGAAAAGAAGGAAGAAGGGGAGACGGUAGAAAAGGAUAAAGGAAAGGUAAAGAAGAAGGAAAAUGAGAAGAGCGAAGAUGGAAAGUUGAAGAAAGCCACCAAGGAUAAAGAGAAGGAUGAAAAUAAUGAGUCCAAGAAAGGUAAGGAAAAUGACAAAAAGAAUGAUGAUGAGGGAGAAACAAAGAAAAAAGAGAAGGCACAAAAGGAGGACAAAGAUGGAGUGCCUAAAAAAGAUGAAAAUGAUGCAGAGGAAGAGGCUGAAGAAAAACAGAAGAUGAAGAAGGAUAAAGCUGGAGAAUUGAAAGACAAGGAGAAGAAAGGAAAGCAUGGAGACUUGGAGGCUGAAGAGAAGGUCAGAGAUCCAGAAAAGGAAAAAGAUAAACAUAAUAAGGACAAGGAUACAAAGGAAAAGAAGAAAAAGAAGAGCAAGGAUGAAGAUGAAGAGUCCGAGGUAAAAGAUGAGGAGGAGAAACACAAGAAGGACAAGGAUACAAAGGAAAAGAAGAAAACGAAGAGCAAGGAUGAAAACAAAGAUUCAGAGGUAAAAGAUGAGGGGGAGAAACAUAAGAAGGACAAGGGUACAAAGGAAAAGAAGAAAAAGAAGAGCAAGGAUGGAGACAAAGAGUCAGAGGUAAAAGAUGAAGAGAGUGUAGAGAAAAAAGAAAAUGAAGGAAAGGAAAAGGAAAAGAAGGGAAAGGAAGAAGGGGAUGAAAUGGGGAACAAAGAUGGGGAGAAUAAACAAAAGGAGAAGGACCUGGAGCAGAAAGGUGAAUCAGCUGAAGUACUGAACAGCACAAGGGAUAUCACAGCUGGAGAUGAUUUAAAGGACCAUAAAGACAUGGAUAGAGAGCCAGAAAAAACCGAAGAGAAAGCAGAGAAAGAGGCAGGGUAUAAGGGAAAGGAUAAGAAAGACAAAGCCAAGGAAAAGAAGGAUAAAGGCAAAGAACAAAAGGAUGGUGAAAUAAGUGAAAGGAAAGAUAAAGACCAGGAGGACAAGAGAGAGAAGAAAAGGAAGCUUGACGGAAAGGAGAAGAUCAACGAUGUUGGGAAGCUGAAGCAGAAGCUAGAAAAGAUCGAUGCCAAAGUUGAAGCCCUACUAGCCAAGAAAGCAGAUAUUGUGAAACUGAUCAAAGAAGCCGAGCAGGCUCAGGUAGUGGAAAAGCUGGAAGAAGAGUGCAACGCUGGUGCAGCAUGACUUUUGAGAUAGGUUUUGAAGAAUGCGUACUGUAAAAUUUUUAAUGAUGCAAAACUUGUCUAUUAUCAGAUUUGAGGUUUGUUACUUGAAGAAAUAAACCUUCUUGUAUCUUGAUGAGAGUGCUAUGUGAUAAAAACGAAAUAAAUCUUAAAUACCGUUUUCAGAUA